GUCGCAAAUAUUUAGAAGCUUCUGCGACAGCAAAAAACAAACCAUCAUCUCGAUUAUCACAUAACGAAUUGUCCCACUGCACGAACCCAAGACACGCGCCGAUAAACCUGUAAUCGAAAACAAUAACUGUCGGCAUAUUCGACACCCGCCGACACCAUGGUCCAGAUCAGCGAGGUGAAGGGUAACAAGCGAGACAAUCGCACAGCCGCCCAUACUCAUAUCAAGGGCUUGGGCUUGAAAUCAGAUGGAUAUGCAGAGAAGCAAGCGGCCGGGUUUGUCGGUCAAGUCGGCGCGCGUGAGUCCUGCGGCGUUGUAGUGGAUUUGAUCCGGGCUCAGAAGAUGGCUGGCCGAGGUGUGCUGUUGGCAGGAGGACCUGGAACUGGAAAGACCGCUCUCGCGCUCGCGAUCAGCCAAGAAUUGGGAACCAAGAUUCCCUUUUGCCCCAUCGUUGGCAGCGAAAUCUACUCCACGGAAGUCAAGAAGACCGAGAUGCUGAUGGAGAACUUCCGAAGAGCCAUUGGUCUAAAGGUCCGAGAGACGAAGGAAGUGUAUGAAGGAGAGGUUACAGAACUCACACCUGAGGAGGCCGAAAACCCGUUAGGCGGCUACGGCAAGACCAUCAGCACGCUCUUGAUUGGACUCAAGAGCGCAAAGGGACAGAAGAAGCUCCGCCUCGACCCAAGUAUCUACGAAGCAAUUCAGAAGGAGAGAGUAACGGUCGGCGACGUGAUCUAUAUCGAAGCGAACACGGGUGCCUGCAAACGAGUUGGCCGAUCAGACGCCUACGCCACGGAAUUCGACCUGGAGGCGGAGGAGUACGUACCCAUUCCCAAGGGUGAGGUACACAAGAAGAAGGAGAUCGUGCAAGACGUUACGCUACAUGACCUCGAUGUGGCCAAUGCCCGCCCCCAAGGCGGCCAGGAUAUUAUGAGCAUGAUGGGCCAGCUAAUGAAGCCCAAGAUGACGGAGAUUACAGACAAACUUCGUGGAGAGAUCAACAAAGUAGUCAGCAAGUACAUCGACCAGGGUGUUGCUGAGCUUGUGCCAGGCGUUUUGUUUAUCGAUGAGGCACACAUGCUCGAUGUGGAGUGCUUCACCUACCUCAACAGAGCCUUGGAAUCGCCCAUCUCCCCCAUCGUGGUCUUGGCCUCCAACCGGGGAAUGUGCACCAUCAGAGGCACUGACGACAUUGUCGCGGCUCACGGAAUCCCUGCCGACUUCCUCACACGCUUGCUCAUCAUCCCUACAACGCCCUACGAGGCGGAAGAAAUCAAGCGCAUCGUGCGGAUACGCUCAUCGACCGAAGGCGUCUCAGUUUCAGAUGCUGCCAUUGACAAAAUCUCGGAACACGGCGUCCGCAUCAGCCUGCGGUAUUGCCUGCAGCUGUUGACCCCUGCAAGCAUUCUGGCCAAGGCCAACGGCCGCUCGCAAAUCGACGUUCAGGACGUUGCCGAGUGUGAGGACUUGUUCCUUGAUGCUCGCCGAAGUGCCGCCCUCCUCAGCAGCGAGGCCGGGCGAGGAUACCUCGCGUAAAAAUGAGAGGCUGCAGAGCCUGAGGGCGUUGAAUUUCAGUCUAGAAGGCGCUGGAUGCGAAGGGAUACGUGUCAUAAUUACUACUUUUUUAAGGAGCUACGUGGUUGAUAAGGAAAGAAAACACCUGACCUCUAGCUAUUGUGUACUUGAUAGGGAACCAUGGAAUACUACAGAGAAUUGGCGUCGGGUUGGCUCAGAUUGGCCAUAUCAAGAUGUGAGAGAGAAUGGUAUCUGCAGAUCCCUGUCUAACUUUAGCUCGCCUCUAACGUCGGUGGGAGGUGUGUGUCUCCCUUGUCUUGUGCUCCCAGUAUGUUAAGCUAAAUCUAGACCCAACAACAAAGUGGCACCCUCCUACAAGCUCUUUGAUCGUUCAGCAACCACUUCAACUUUGGCAUCCAAGCCCUAGACACUGGGUCAGAUGGAAUUGGGUGGUGGAGAGGGAGCAAUCCUGCGUUACCAGUGCCAGCCGACCUCAUCUUAUUUCAGCUGCCGUCUCAAGCUUUGAUGGGAACAGUUGGCCUGCAUAACUAAAUAUGGUUAGAUUUUCAAAUAGAGUCGCCCUUGGACGAGUUUAUGCAUCACGUGCUACGUAUAAACUUGUGCCAAUCCGGGAGACGACAUUGUCUUUGUUUCAG